GACAUGUAUCACAGUGCCCCUCAAGUUCUCAAAUUACUUUGGGCUUCUGGUCUAUCGUCUUGCGUAGGUCAAUAUCGUCAGGCCCCUACAGUGAAUUCAUGUAGGCUGGAUAGCGCCUUCGAGGUGGGAUAUCCCGUAGUAGCCUACAAAAGUAAAACGUUCAAAUUUGAAAGUUUCAUAGAUUCAUGUACGCGUGAAACGUACUGGGCGACCCGCGUGACGGUUUCAACUCAAAUGUAUGUCUAUGGGCAGAAUAAAGUAUCCGGAGCCUCAGAGUAGUGCUGCAGGUGUGUAGCCUAUAUACAAAAAGCUUCAAAACACCCAUGAUCGACUGUAUCAUAAACACAUACGUACCAUUACCGAGAUCAACGUAUCAGGAUGCUGUGUAACAUAGUUGAACGGAUCACUGGCAAGCGCCAUGGUAUUGUAACAUCUGAGUCUCUUGGGACGAUCAUCGGACGUCGUCGAGGAGACCCAAUUGUAACAAAGUCGUAUUUUUAACUUUCCUAUAUUCCCC